AUGAGAGGGUCAGCCAAGGAAAUUAAGCGGUGGGUUCCACUUUCUCUGCCUGGCCACCAUUUACGGUCUGGCCACGGGACUGGUUCUGCACGAGUGGUCCCGCGGCCCCUGCUUCAGGCCACAUACUCCACAAAUCCUCGGAAGGCCACAUACUCCACAUAUCCUCGGAAGGCCACACACUCCAAAAAUCCUCAGCAGGCCACAUACUCCACAAAUCCUCGGAAGGCCACAUACUCCACAAAUCCUCGGAAGGCCACAUACUCCACAAAUCCUCGGAAAGCCACAUACUCCACAUAUCCUCGGAAGGCCACACACUCCACAAAUCCUCAGAAGUUCACAUACUCCAUAUAUCCCCAGGCCACACACUCCACAUAUUUUCAGGCCACAUACUCCACAUAUCCUCAGGCCACAUGCUCCACAUAUCCUCAUCGACGAGGUGUUAAAGUUAUGUUACAGACGACGCUGUUUUGUGCCACCACCACCCUCACGCCCUCACUCAUUUACCCUUUAGCAAAGUCUGCACGUCGACGCAGAUCAGUACACAGACCAGGGACACAGACCAUUACACAGAUCAGUACACAGACCAGGGACACAGACCGGUACACAGACCAUUACACAGAUCACACAGACCAGGCACACAGACCGGGUUUACAGACCGGGACACAGACCAUUACACAGAUCAGUACACAGACCAGGGACACAGACCAGUACACAGACCAUUACACAGAUCAGUACACAGACCAGGGACACAGACCAGGUUUACAGACCAGGGACACAGACCAUUACACAGAUCAGUACACAGACCAGUACACAGCCAGUACACAGACCAUUACACAGAUCAGUACACAGACCAGUACACAGAGAUCAGUACACAGACCAGGCACACAGACCAUUACACAGAUCAGUACACAGAGGGACACAGACCAGUACACAAACCAUUACACAGAUCAGUACACAGACCAGGACACAGACCAUUACACAGACCAUUACACAGACCAGGGACACAGACCAUUACACAGACCAUUACACAGAUCAAUCAGUACAUCCAGGUACAGAUUACACAGACCAGGGACACAGACAUUACACAGACCAUUACACAGACCAGGGACACAGACCAUUACACAGUACACAGCAACACAGACCAGGGACACAGACCCAGACUACACAGACCAUUACACAGAUCAGUUACACAGAUCGGUACACAGACCAGGGACACAGACCAUUACACAGACCAUUACACAGACAGACACAGACCAGGUACCAUUACACAGAUCAGCACACAGACCAUUACAGACACAGAUUACACACAGACCAGGGACACAGACCAGGGACACAGACCAUUACACAGACCAGGGACACAGACCAUUACACAGAUCAGUACACAGACCAGGGACACAGACCAUUACACAGAUCAGUACACAGACCAGGGACACAGACCAUUACACAGAUCAGUACACACCAGGGACACAGACCAUUACACAGACCAUUACACAGAUCAGUACACAGACCAGGCACACAGACCAUUACACAGACCAGGGACACAGACCAGGACACAGACCACAGACCAUUACACAGACCAUUACACAGAGUCAGUACACAGACCAGGACACAGACACAGACCAUUACACAGAUCAGUACACAGACCAGGGACACAGACCAUUACACAGACUAGUACACAGACCAGGCACACAGACCAGUACCAUUACACAGAUCAGUACACAGACCAGGGACACAGACCAUUACACAGACCAUUACACAGAUCAGUACAGAGUAGACAGUCAGUACACAGACCAGGACACAGACCAUUACACAGACCAUUACACAGGAUCAGUACACAGACCAGGGACACAGACCAUUACACAGACCAUUACACAGAUCAGUACACAGACCAGGGACACCAGACCAUUACAGACCAUUACACAGAUCAGUACACACAGACCACAUACAGACCAUUACACAGAUCACACAGACCAGACACAGACCAUUACACAGAUCAGUACACAGACCAGGCACACAGGCAAUCAGGACACCAGAACACCAUUUUUACACAGAUCAGUACACAGAUCAGUACACAGACCAUUACACAGACCAUUACACAGAUCCAGUACACAGACCAUUACACAGACCAUUGAUCAGUACACAGACCAGGGACACAACCAUUACACAGAUCAGUACACAGACCAGGACACAACCAUUACACAGAUCAGUACAGACAGUAUUGAUCAGUACACAGUCAGAACACAGACCAGGCACACAGACCAUUACACAUCAGUACACAGACCAGGGACCACACAGACCAUUACACAGUACACAGACCAGGGACACAGACCAUUACACAGACAGUACACAGACCAGGGACACAGACCAUUACACAGACCAUUACACAGAUCAGUACACAGACCAGGGACACAGACCAUUACACAGAUCAGUACACAGACCAGGGACACAGACCAGUACACAGACCAUUACACAGAUCAGUACACAGACCAGGCACACAGACCAGGUUUACAGACCAGUACACAGACCAUUACACAGAUCAGUACACAGACCAGGCACACAGACCAGGUACACAGGCGGCCUCCGACACGCAUUUGA